AGCACACCCCUCCUGCCUGUGUCAGAGUAUUUCAGAACAGAGGCCAGCAUUUAGUCACUCCGCAUGAAAGCUCUUCAUAUCACGUAGUUGCUGAAGUCCACUCCGACUUGUGGAUUGCAGGAGGACACUGCUCAGUGUCUCAUCGGACACUUGGACCACGAUCAGAUCGUCAUUUUUUUCUCCUCUUCCUCUUAAAAAAAAAAAAAAAAAAAAGUCUGUGCGUCGUGACCGCAGGAUACUUUUACGCACGGUUAUUUUACGCUCAAAAAAAGGACAAUGCCGCGAUCUUUCUUGGUCAAAAAGUACUUCGCCAAACAAAAGCCAAACUACAGUGAGCUGGAAUGUCAGAAUGACGCUUCACUCGAUAGGUAUCCUCUGGCUGAGCUCUCCUCGGCCGACAGCAACUCUGCCGCCACCUGCUUCAGCACAGGUCUGGUGUGGGACCUGAGCGUCCUCCCCGCCCUCUACCUGCCCGCCUCCCAAACACAGCCGUCGGCCGCCCCGGGCCCCCUGGACCUCAGCUCCCCGUCCAGCCUCAGCAGCAGCGCCAGCAGCAGCGGAGAGGAGGACGAGGGACGCACCUCGGACCCCCCCAGCCCCGAGCCCGUACACACGUAUGCCCCUCGCCAGCGGAUGAAAUGCACGGGCGUCAUGGCUCACAUCAGCCCCCCGGAGGAGGAGGAGGAGAGGGAGACCCCCGUCACGGCGGCCAGGCCGGCUUUCCUCUGCAAACACUGCCCCAAAGAGUACACCAGCCUGGGGGCCCUGAAGAUGCACAUCCGCUCACACACCCUGCCUUGCGUCUGCACCACCUGUGGAAAGGCGUUCUCCAGGCCGUGGCUGCUGCGAGGACACAUCCGCACUCACACAGGCGAACGGCCAUUCUCCUGCCCCCACUGCAACCGGGCCUUCGCCGACCGCUCCAACCUGCGGGCUCACCUGCAGACCCACGCCGAGGUGAAGAAGUACCAGUGUGGCGUGUGCUCUCGCACCUUCAGCCGCAUGUCGCUGCUGCAGAAACACAGCUCAUCGGGGUGCUGCUCCACGUCGGUGUGAGCCGCCAUGGGAGAGACCGAGGAGGACUCACUCUGAGGAGCAGAGCGGCCGAGGGCUUUGUGGCCAUGGAGGAGACAUCCCAACAAGCCCGGCUCGCCUGUCGAGGACCUUUAAGACCGAGAGCAUAACAUGGGCCGCUUUAACAGACCCUGGGGGGAAUCAAACCUUCGCUGUGGAUCUGACUUUACAAGCCUCUUAGCUUCUCUCCUUUAAAAAAAAAAAAACAAAAAAACACCAAAAAACAGCUGAGGAGCUGAUUUUUCUUUUCAUUCAAUCUAGACUGAGGUCUUGAGGCUGGACCAAAUAUGAACUGAACAGCCAACGCAGACACACACUUGAUACCAGUCCCCUUUGUUGCUGUUGUGUGCAUUCCAAACACCAAGUAUGUAGUGAAGUCAUUGGGGUAAGAGGUGCUCUUUCCUGUCUCUGUCCCGGUGCCGGUCAGCUCAGGCUCACGGCCUAGACACAGCUGCUCAGAGGUAGGGGAGCGUGGGUGGAAUAAAUCUCUUAGCGUGCCUCAAAACACACACACACACUCACACACACUCACACACACAAAGGCAAAAGCACACACAGCUGUCCCUGGUACUGUGGUGUAGAUAGACGAGGUGCUAACAGGUGUUAGAGCCAUGACCUUCGCUGGUUGAUAGCAGGUGACUUCCACUGCCCUUGGUUUGCUUAAAAAAAAAAAAAAAAAAGAGGAAGCAUGUCAUCGAGAAAGAAUGGCAUCGGUUAGUGUUUUCCUUCACCGGCGGGGAUCGUUUUAAGCCUCUAUUUUGACUACAUCCAAACCUGGUCUUUAAUCUGAUGAGUUUCAGAGAUAGGAAAAGCUGCUCUCUUAUCAUCCAAAGAAGCUCCACGGUGCCGCUCUGCUGUCAGGUGGAUGGCGAUGCAGGCCAUGCACUCAAGGUUACCACAGUGUUAAGUAUACCAGCCAAAGCCAUAUAACUUAAAUGAAUCAGUGCCUUGAAAUUGUGUUAUAUUUUAAAAACCAAAACGUGCCUUUUUUUUUUGUACCUCAUUCACAUGUCGUGGCCUUAAAGUUAAAAAAAAAAAAAAA